GAUAGUUGUUAUAUACAGACGAGGACUUCCUGAGUCAAAGGAUAAGAGAGAAAUGCUAGCAUCACCAGCUUUCAUCUAAUCAUCUCACCACCACAUACCCUAGAGAAAGAACUUAAAAAGAGAAGUGGGAUUGGAAAAGUAGUCAGUCAACUGUGAAUCAAGCACACUGGAUAAUUGGAGGUAGAAGAAGACAAUGAAUUCAUUAGGUUUUGUUCAUUUUCUAUUGCUGUUAAUGGUUAGGGAAUGCCUCGCAAGAUCUCUGUUUUCACAGUCACUUCCAAGUAAAGUAGAUGACAGCCAUAGACGCCCCUUGCAGUUAUCUCGUCCUUAUAACAUUGCUCAUCGAGGUUCAAAUGGAGAGUUUCCUGAAGAAACUGCUGCUGCUUAUAUGAGAGCUAUUGAUGAGGGUGCAGAUUUCAUAGAAGCAGAUAUUCUUUCUUCGAAAGAUGGUGUUCUUAUAUGUUCUCAUGAUGUAGUACUAGACUAUAUAACAGACAUUGCAGACCAUGUGGAAUUUGCAAAUCGUAAAACAACCUAUGAGGUCCAAGGCUUCAAGAUCACUGGAUGGUUUACUGUUGAUUUUACACUGGAAGAACUCAAGUUACUAAGGGUAAAGCAACGAUAUGACUUUCGGGAUCAACAAUAUGAUGGACAAUUUCCGUUGAUAACAUUUGAAGAGUUCAUCUCAAUUGCGCUGGACGCAAAAAGGGUUGUUGGCAUUUAUCCCGAGAUUAGAUCCUGUUUUUGUCAAUCAGCAU